AAUCUUUUUUAGUAAUGACGUCAUAUUCUCAUGCGUGAAUCCGCUGGCCUGGAUUUGAGUCAUCGUGACGGUGUUGUAAACAUGGCUUCCUACUUCGACGAGCAUGCUGCAACAGAUCGUGCUUCUGAACCGAAUUUUCUUCUAGAACUAGCCAGACUUCUUCUAAACUCUGAUGAUCUGAUAGAGUUAGCAAGUGCUGGUUUUGAUGACUUGGGGUCUCCACCAGCAUCCAAAGAAGCUGUUCAGGCCUUGCCAGCAGUUGAAGUCACAGAUAAGCACUUAAAAGAACUAUCAACAUCUAGCUGUCCAAUUUGUCUAGGAGACUAUGAGAAAGGUGAAUCUACAAAACAGAUGCCAUGCGAUCACCUGUUCCACCCUGGGUGUAUAUUACCUUGGCUUGAAAAGACCAACAGCUGUCCUGUUUGCAGGCAUGAGCUCCCCACAGACAAUGAAGCAUAUGAAGAACUACGCGAGCUAAAAAAAGCAGAAAAGGAAAGGAAGCACAGAGUAGAGUCUCUUCAUUCAUCCAUGUUCAGUUGACAACAUUUGGAAACUACAGAGAUUGAAUUGAACUCAGAAUAAUUUCUCAAGUGCACACCUAGAGGGCUUUCACAGUGGCUGCGUGUCACCACAAAAAUAGCUAGAAGUCUUGAAUUGCAGAAUACCUUAAGACAUCAGGGGUGGGUCAGGCCGGGAUCUAAAAAUAGUUUUUUUCCUAUCAAAACACACAUUUAACUCAAACACCUUCGUAAAUACCGUCGAAUGUGUCAACCAGAUUCUAAUCAAUCGAUUUAGUGGUUACCCACGUUAUUUCUCAUCUUGGCACAUGAGCAGGAUCCUGGCUCAUAUUCACUUUAGGACCAACUUCAGAAUACCCGUCAACAAAAAGUUCACACUGGGACUUCGUGCCUUGAUUGAUAGAACGAGGCAGUAAAUUCAAGGAAAAUCCAAAUUAAUAGACGGAUAUUCUGAUGUUUAGCUAACAUUGGGUGUGGGUUAGUGUCAUGGUGAUAAUAUCCAUUUCCAGGAACUCCAAAUAUACCAAUUAUUUUUUUUAUUUGUUAUUUUGCCGAAUUCACCAUCUUUCUAUGUAAAAUAUCGAAAUUUUCAUUCAAAGAAAUUAUUUGUUAUUACACUUGACAUGUACAUCUGUCUUAUUAUUGUAAUGUUAUUAUUGUUAUUACUAAUGUGGUCAUCCCUUCGAGUAACUUUUUUUUUUAAUUCGCCACAGGGUUACCGUAACCACAAUGCCAUUUACGACAGGCCCUUUGCUUGAGAACGAUUGGGCUACGUCCCGAGUCCUUUCGUUUCCGAAUGGACUCGGAUAUUCUUAACAUUCGUGACUUAUAUUGUAAUGCCAUUAGGUAUCCCUUCGGGAAGUAAUGACCGAUAAGGCCACGUCAAGCCUUCGUUACGUUUCCGGAUGGACUCGGAGAUCUUUUGAAGCUCGUUUUGGUAUCGCUCGAUAAUCGUCGACACUUCAGGCUCUUGGAAUUGGCCUUCUGGGUAGCUACCAAGAAACAUCUAGAAAUAAUAUGAUAAAUUGUCUGAACCAAAACACCUUCAAUACAAUUCAAAUGGUAUACAUAUUGUUUUUAAUUAGGAUGGAAGCAUGCUAUUUUUCUCCCUUAUUCUCCUGGUUUAAGAGCCGGGUGUGUUUGCACAAAUAAUCCAUUUCCAUCGGCUAGUUUAAACAAAAGACUGAGAUGCUUUCAAUGAAAUCUAGUUAAUAAGGUAUUAACAAUACUAAGUGAUAAAAAAAAUAAAAUAUAACAUGUCCAAU